AUGGCAAAGUCAACAAAUGGAAAGCCCAAAAGAGAGCUGGACUACUUCUUUGCUUUUGACUAUAUUGAGGCUCAUUCUUAUUCCCUCAACUUUUCAUGGACACCAUACAUCAUUCUACCCAGAGCUUGCACGAAGGUUCGCUUUGAGGAUACUGUCAAUCCUAUAGCUACAAUCAUUUUGGUCUCCAUCAUCCCCUUCCGUGGAGAUGCUGCCGAAGUUCUAUUGCCUCCUUCAAGGUCAAUUUCAAUGGCAAGGAAACGUCUUGAGAGACUGCCAUGCGGUGGAGGUUCUCCCCUAGCUCAUGGUCUUACCACGGCUGUGAGGGUUGGAAUGAAUGCAGAGAAGAGUGGUGAUGUUGGACGCAUAAUGAUUGUUGCGAUAACUGAUGGUAGGGCUAACAUAUCGCUGAAAAGAUCGACUGAUCCUGAAGCUGGUGCUUCUGAUGCACCUAGACCUUCUGCUCAAGAGCUAAAGGAUGAGAUUCUUGAAGUGGCUGGUAAAGUAUACAAAGCGGGGAUGUCCCUCCUUGUCAUCGACACAGAAAAUAAGUUUGUUUCAACCGGCUUUGCCAAAGAGAUCGCGAGAGUCGCCCAAGGAAAAUAUUAUUACUUGCCAAAUGCUUCGGAUGCUGUUAUCUCAGCAACAACAAAGGAUGCUUUAUCAGCUCUAAAGAACUUGUAA